AUGGCAACUAAAUUCUCCCGACUGGGCUUCAUCGGGCUCGGCGCGAUGGGAAAGCAUAUGGCAGAACAACUUGCCAUCAAGCUCCCUGACGGCGUCAAAAUCUUCGUUUUCGAUGUUGCAACACCACCUGUGAAGGAGCUUGUCGAGAAAUACCCCGGCAAGGUCAUUGAAUGCUCUUCACCAAAGGAGGUUGCUGAGAAAUCGGAUAUCAUACUCUCAAUGGUCCCAGAAGGACGUCACGUCGCUUCAGUCUAUCUGGAUGAAGCUACUGGCGUAGCUGCUGCAGACCUAGGCAAGCGUGUUCUUAUUGAUUGUUCCACCAUUGAUACCGCCACCAGCCUUCGCGUCAAGAAUUACAUUGCCGAGCAUCACCCGGCCGCAUCAUUCUAUGAUGCCCCGGUCAGUGGUGGUGUUCUCGGUGCCGCUAAAGGAACAGUUGCCUUUUUCCUUGGUUGCGACAAGCAAGACCCUCAGAUUGGGGUUCUCACAGAGCUUCUCAGUCUCAUGGGCAAACAAAUCAUUCCUUGUGGGAAGCCUUCACUCGGGCUAGCUUCGAAAUUAUGCAACAAUUAUCUCUCUGGUCUGAUUGCGAUCGCUAGUUCCGAGGCUUUGAAUAUGGGUAUCAAAACCGGUCUUGACCCACGGGUGUUGUCCGAUGUAUUUGCAGCCGGGACAGCACAGAACGCCAUUUGUGACCGUUUCAACCCUUGCCCAGGCGUCGUUCCGGAUGCUCCGUCCAGCAAAGGAUACGAAGGUGGGUUCAAAGUUCAACUUAUGAAAAAGGAUUUCUCGCUUGCAGUGAAUAUGGCGGAAAGUGUGGGUGCCAAUAUGGUGCUAGGCCAGCAAGGAUUGAAAACCUACGAAGCUGCUUCCAAUGACCCAAAAUGUUUUGAUCGGGACUCGCGUGUUGUUUUCCGUUACAUUGGGGGUGAUGAGAAGUGGGCUGAUAAGUUUGAAUAG